AUGAGAAUGAAGCAUAAAUCGCCCUGCCUGAUGUUGCGGUUUAUGCCCACGGAUAAGCACGCCAUCCACGGCCAGCACAAACGGCACAAAGAUAGCUGCGAUGAUUCAUCGAUCGCGUCCAGCAACCGGGUUCCCCUGGCGCGCAGCUGCUCUAGUCCUGCGGUAUCGUACGACAUCGAAUCGCAUCCUGCGUCGCGCGUUUUCCCGCAUCUGCUGCUCGGAAACGGUCGGGACGCGAUCGAUCCGUCCACCGUUGGGGCAAAUUGCGUACUUAAUGUCACCUGCCAGCAACCGACCGGUCAGCUGAAGCCCGGUCUCAAGUAUAAACAGAUUCCGGCCAGCGACACGCCACACCAGAACAUCAAGCAGUACUUCCAGGAGGCGUUCGAGUUUAUCGAGGAAGCCCGGAAAAAGGGUUCGAUCGUGUUGCUGCACUGCCAGGCCGGCAUCAGUCGCAGCGCAACGAUCGCGAUCGCGUACGUAAUGCGCUACAAAGGACUUUCGCUGCUCGAAGCGUACCAAUUGGUGAAGCUGGCUCGUCCGAUCAUCUCACCGAACCUUAACUUUAUGGGUCAGUUGCUCGAGCUGGAGCAGAAUCUGAUAGCGGACGGUAAGCUGGAACCGCCACCACCUUCACCCACGAUGGCCGCACUUCCUGCCGAUCCACCGCCCUUCUUCCUCAUCGAUAAUUGUGCCGCACGGUUUGGGCCGCUUAGCGAAGAGGAGAUGGUGGCAACGCGACGUCAGUUGCGAUGUGCUGCGGCUGCUGCCUCUACCACCACCACCACCAGCAGCACCUUGGCCACCGGGGAUGUGCCGAUGGAGGACUCGACGGAUGGGCAGCAGGACGAGGAGGAGUCGGAAGACUAUCGGAAUAAUAAUAACAGCACCAGCGGCAGCAGCAGCAGCAACCGGGACAGUGGCUGUAGUGUGGCCAGUUCGUCCUCAACCGGUUCGUCAAGCAGCUCGACGAGCAGCGGAUACCGGAGCAGUGGGUUUCGUUGUUUGCCACCCCGGUUAACGCUUCGUUUGGCGACCACACCGACCUCCCCGCCACUCUCACCGUCACCGCUGUCCGCGUCCUGUUCGGUGUCAUCGUCCGCGUCGUCCUCGUCGUCCUCGUGUUGCUCCUCGAUGUCACCGCUUUCGCCGACACCAUCGCCGACCCUCGCAUCGCUCGUACCCCGGAAGGCGUCCUUCAGUGGUCCCCAUCGGCCCUCGAGCCUUGUGGCAACGACAUCCGCACUUCCGGUGGCAACGGAGACGUUAUCCUGCCAUCCGCUGGGCGAUAAAUGCAAACAGUCACCAUCACGCAAAAUGGCAAGUAAGAAAGGGGUGCCCGCGAGCCGAAAGAUAAACGUUGUAAAAGAUAAUGCCCGAUGA